AUAAGUAGCAUCGCGCACUCGUCUACUGCAUCACUCCAUCCUGCAAAAUAAAAGGACUGAUCCACGGGUCCAAAUAAAAGGCGCGUUUCCAAGCGAACUCACAAUGUAUUCGAGCAAAAUCGAGGGGCCACGUAGAGGAAGGUCAUUUGAUUCAAUGAACCUCGGCUUGUGUUUGGAAGAAAAGCAACUUAAUAAUGAGAUGAACAAAUCAACCUUUCCUAAGAUUGAUGAGAACAAAGAUAACAAAAGCGUGUGUAAAGAAAAGGGUCGUGCAGCUAUAGUAUUCACACUGAAGAAUGAAGUCGGGGGGCUCGUGAAAGCACUCAAACUGUUCCAGGAAAACCAGGUCAAUCUUGUGCACAUCGAAUCCCGAAAGUCCAGGAGGCGCAACUCAGAGUUUGAGAUCUUGGUGGACUGUGACAGUAACCGUGAGCAACUGAGUGACAUCAUACAUCUGCUGAGUAAACACGUCAACGUGCUCGAGCUGGACACUCCAGACAACCGACUGCCAGAAGAAAGCGAAAUGGAGAAUGUACCUUGGUUUCCCAGGAAGAUCUCUGAUUUGGAUAACUGUGCAAACCGUGUGCUGAUGUAUGGCUCGGAUCUGGAUGCAGAUCACCCGGGAUUUAAAGACAACGUCUACCGCAAAAGGAGAAAAUAUUUUGCAGAUCUGGCCAUGAAUUACAAGCAUGGAAAUCCCAUUCCCCGAAUUGAGUUUACAGAGGAGGAGGUGAAGACGUGGGGGGUCGUGUUCAGAGAGCUCAAUAAGCUUUACCCAACUCACGCUUGCCGCGAGUAUCUGAAAAAUUUACCUCUGCUCAACAAGUACUGUGAUUAUCGCGAGGACAACAUCCCACAGCUGGAGGACAUCUCACGCUUCCUAAAGGAGCGUACAGGCUUCACCAUAAGGCCCGUGGCAGGAUAUCUCUCCCCAAGAGACUUCCUGGCUGGAUUGGCUUUCCGUGUGUUCCACUGCACACAGUAUGUCCGGCACAGCUCAGACCCUCUCUACACACCUGAACCGGACACUUGUCAUGAAUUGCUGGGUCACGUGCCUCUUUUGGCUGAGCCCAGCUUCGCACAGUUCAGUCAGGAAAUUGGACUUGCGUCACUUGGAGUAUCCGAUGAAGAAGUUCAGAAAUUAGCCACAUGCUACUUCUUCACUGUGGAGUUUGGACUCUGUAAGCAGGAGGGAAAGCUGAGAGCAUAUGGCGCAGGUCUGUUGUCCUCCAUCAGUGAGCUGAAGCAUGCUCUGUCAGGGAACGCCUGCAUCAUGCCCUUUGACCCCAUAGUCACAUGCAAACAGGAGUGCAUUAUAACCACAUUCCAGGAUGUCUAUUUUAUGUCAGACAGCUUUGAGGAAGCCAAAGUAAAGAUGAGGGAAUUUGCAAAGACGAUCAAGCGACCAUUUACGGUGCGUUAUAACCCCUAUACGCAGAGUGUGGAUGUGCUGAAGGACACAGCUAGCAUCAACUGUGUGGUGGAGGAACUGAGACAUGAGCUGGACAUUGUGGGAGAUGCUCUGAACAGGCUCAAUAGAAAGUGAAGCAUCUGAAUAACUUUUUCCAUAUAAAGAUAUAUACAUGUCCUGCUUUAUAUGUACAAUUUCUUCAAAUCACCAAGAUGAUUUGAAGGCAAUCAAAGGAAAUUCCUUGAGCUGUUGUUAACUAUUGAUUUAAAAAUACUAAGAUUGUGUGUGUGCAUGUGUGUGUGUGUGUGUGUGUGUGUGUGUGUGUGUGUGUGUGUGUGUGUGUGUGUGUGUGUGUGUGCUUGGUGGGGGGUGUUGAUGCUUGGUGUAUUUGGGGGUCUGGGCCUAGGGUGUGGUCCUGCCUCUACCCUGUGUGUGGUGUUUGCAUGUUUCCCUGUGCUCCGGGGUUUCCUCUGGGUACUCCAGUGUUAUCCUGUUCAGCGUGUUCCCCGUCAUGAUAGAUUUCAGGGCCUUGGGAUAGAUUCCCUGUGAGUGUGUAGGAUAUGCAGUACAGACAGUGGAUGGAUAUAUAUAUAUAUAUAUAUAAACUGUAAUGCACAUGGCCAUGGUUUUCUCUUGAAAUAUGUCAUGAAGGAUUCAGGAAUAAAUAUGUCACUGUAUUUUAAGUCACAUUUGUGUAAUGAUAUUCACUAGUAUUUAUUCUGAGCUUACUGUAAUAUCUUUAGUAGAUUUAGUAUCACUUUUGGGCUUUUCCUCUGUGGCGGAAAUGACAAGCACAUGUAAUAUUUUGUUUCUGUGAUCUUUAUGAUUUACUAUAUUUCUUUGUCUAUAUACAUUCUAUCUCGCAUUGCGUUCUAUCUUGUUUGUCAUGUCUGAUCUCCUGUAGCUAAUACAGUCAGAGCUUUUGUUCGUUUAGAAGGACAAAGUAUUCGUGUAAAUAUGUCAAUGAUUAUUUAAGGGUAAUAUUUACAAGUGAGGAUCAAUAAUGCUUAGCUAACAAAUGAGUAACGUAAAACAGCCCUACUGCAAUACAAUACAGUUUCAAAUAGUGAGAAUAAUGUGAUUUUAUUAGUCAAGAUGUCAUACAAUAUUAAAAAUACCUUAUUUUUGUAACAA